CGGGUUGGAGUGUUGAGCGCCUUCUGCUAUUUGGACUCCUAAUCUCUAGACUCCUACGAGAACGGUCAUUUCCUUCUUUCUGCUCACAGUAGUAACUUAUUCCUCUACUGAACUGGCUUUCUCCUAGGGUUUCUGGCCCUGUUCUCGCCCCAGCAUGACGUGUUUCGGGGGACCGUUAUGGAAGCCUUACACAGGAGCCCUGUCCCCGUGAAGUUCCCGCCGGUGACUCUCCAACCCCACUACCAUGAACGGGGUCUUGAUCCCCCAUACGCCCAUUGCAGUAGACUUUUGGAGCCUGCGCCGGGCUGGUACCGCGAGGCUCUUCUUCUUGUCCCACAUGCACUCGGACCACACCGUGGGCCUAUCUAGCACCUGGGCCCGGCCCCUCUACUGCUCCCCAAUCACGGCCCACCUCUUGCAUCGUCAGCUACAGGUAUCCAAGCAGUGGAUCCGAGCCCUGGAGCUUGGUGAGAGUCAUGUAUUGCCUCUAGAUGAAAUUGGAAGAGAGACCAUGACCGUAACCCUCAUUGAUGCCAAUCACUGCCCUGGCUCCGUCAUGUUUCUCUUUGAAGGAUAUUUUGGAACCAUCCUCUACACAGGUGAUUUUCGAUAUAUACCAUCCAUGCUACAGGAGCCAGCCCUGAUGUUGGGGAAACAGAUCCAUACUUUAUACCUAGACAACACCAAUUGCAACCCAGACCUGGUUCUUCCUUCCCGACAAGAAGCUGCCCACCAGAUUGUCCAGCUCAUUCAAAAGCACCCACAACAUAACAUAAAGAUUGGACUCUAUAGCCUGGGAAAGGAAUCACUGCUGGAGCAGCUGGCCCUGGAGUUUCGGACCUGGGUAGUAUUGAGUCCUCAGCGCCUGGAGUUGGUACAGCUGCUGGGCCUGGCAGAUGUGUUCACAGUAGACGAGAAGGCUGGCCGCAUCCAUGCUGUGGACCAUAUGGAGAUCCGCCAUUCCACCAUGCUGCAUUGGAACCAGACUCACCCUACCAUUGCUAUCCUUCCCACGAGCCGGAAGAUCCACAGGUCCCACCCUGAUAUCCACAUCAUCCCUUACUCGGACCAUUCCUCCUACUCUGAGCUCCGUGCCUUUGUUGCAGCACUGAAGCCUUGCCAGGUGGUUCCCAUUGUCGGUCAGCGGCCCUGUGGAGACUACUUUCAGGACAGCCUGAGCCCCAGGCUCUCUGUGCCCCUGAUUCCAGACUCCGUGCAGCAAUACAUGAGUUCCUCCUCUAGAAAACCGAGCUUUCUUUGGCUGUUAGAAAGGAGGCUAAAAAGGCGGCGAACCCAGGGCGUCGUGUUUGAAUCCCCUGAAAAAAAUGCUGAUCGAUCUCAAGCUGACAGAAACUCAAAUAAGGCCAAGGAAAGGAAAAUUUCUCACUGGCCUGGGGACCUUAAGAAGCAGCCCUGCUACCAUCCUUUGCAGAUCAAGAAGGAGUUGUUCCCAGACCUCUGUAGCAAAGAAUGGAAUGGGGCAGUCUCUUUCUGUGGGUCCCAGAAGAAGGUGACUGUGCCGACUGCCCCCUUGGGAUUUUCAGUGCACUUAAGGUCUAUAGAGGAGAAGUUUAUUUGUCCAGAAACCAGGCAGGACAUUGGUUUAGAGCCCCCCUUGGUACUCAGGGGAGAUGGCCCAGCAACCACAGGGAACCAGAGGGCCUGGAUGGGCCGUGGUUCUCCCCUGUCUCACAGCAAGGCCUCACCUCUUCUAGCUACUGAGUUCAGGGGCCUGGCACUAAAAUACCUUCUGACUCCAGUGAACUUUUUCCAGGCAGGGUAUUCUUCCAGAAGGUUUGACCAGCAAGUGGAAAAAUACCUUAAACCCUUGCUGAAGUACAGACAGGAAAGUACAGAAUGA